AUGUCUGCCGAUCUACUAGCAGAAUUUGGCCAGGCUCCUGCCCCAGCCAGUGGUUCCUCUGGUCAACAGAACCAGAAAACCUCAUUUUUCGAUGACCUGAAUCAAGAAAAUAUUGAUUUCUUCGGAGCACCGGCUAGUGUUUUGCAACACACCAAAGCUGCGGAUCCAAUCCCGAAGACAGCUGGGAAUCAUUCCGCAGUUCAACCCCCCUGGGGAUCCCAUUCUCAACCGCAAUUUGAUUUACCACUGAAUAAAAACAGUGAUGUAUUGUUUGAUACAGCCUUCGACGCACCAGGAAGUGAUGCGGAUGACGACUGGGGUGACUUCGAAGGACCAGAGUCUACUUCCCAACAGGCUCCCAGGCCAACGGCUCCAUCCCAGCCAUCAUCAGUAGCUGCAUUUCCCAGAUCACUAGGCUCAACCCCUCUACAAGAUGCUUCCGGAGCCUCGGGGGCUGUCGACUUGCUCGAGACUCUCUCAAUAGGCGACACGGCACCAAUUGUGAACCAGGAAACAAAGACUCUUCGUCAGAAACAACUUUCUCAACCUAAUCAGCCUAAAAGUCAACCCAAGGCGACCUGGGAUGAUGACUCGUUCGGUGACUGGGGUGAGUUCACAGACGCACCCGCUAGCAAGCCUCCACCAAAGGUCUCCGUGAAAAAGGCAAAACCACCCGUCAAGCCUCAUAAGGCUUCGACAUCAACCUGGGACGAUGAUGCCUUUGACGAUUGGGGGGAUUUCACCGAUGGACCCAGUGCAUCACCAGCUCCCAAAUUCAAUACGCCUUCGCCAACGGUCACCAGUCCAGUAUCAUCGCCGACGGUUCGCCCAACAAAUAUCCCACCGCCAUCUGUACUUCUCGAAUUGUUCUUAGAUGUGUUUGAAAAUCUACAAAAGGAGGCUACACAGGUCAAAUCUCAACUACGAUCCUCGCCUUCCAACAGAACCAACCUUUCCGCAACUGCCUCCCAUAUCCACAAUGCUCUUGAGUCCGCUGCCCGUGUGAUUGCAGGGCGAAGUCUCCGCUGGAAACGAGACACCAUUCUUAGCCAAAGUAUGCGGAUCGGCCCUGCUCGUGCCGGCAAAACAGGCGGCAUGAAACUCAACAGUGUCAACAAACAUGAGAAUAUCAAAGAAGAACAAGAUGCUGUCAAUGUACUUAAUCUUUGGCGAGAACGGGCGGCGAUCUUCAAUACUGUACUACAAGCCGCCGGUCAGCGGCCAAUUCCCGCAGUCCCGGACCCGGGUGCGCUCAAAGUGAUCGUGGCUCGGUCGGAUCAAGGAGCAUUGAAAGCGUCCCACUCCUGUGCACUUUGUGCGCUCAAAAGAGACGAGCGAGUUCUACGGGUGGAUGAAUCAGAUGUACAAGAUAGUUUUGGCGAGUGGUGGACAGAACAUUGGGGCCACACCCAUUGCCGACAAUUCUGGGAGACAAAUCUCCAUCUCCUCGGGCAACGAUAA